GCUGUUUACUCUAUUAAUGUGAACCUGUUUCCUCGCCAGGAGAAUACACAGAACGCAUAGGCCCAUCUAGAGCUCAGCGCCGACAGCUAGACGCUCUUGAAACAUAAAAAGAAUGGCCCGGCGGCCGAGAAACAGUGUUUACAGUAGCGAGGAGGAUGAUGAGGAGAUCGAGAUGUAUGACCAUGACUAUGGGCCUCUGGCCAAGUCAGGGAAACGCCACCUGGGCAAGACACGCUGGACGCGCGAAGAGGACGAGAAGUUAAAAAAGUUUGUGGAGCUGCAUGGAUCUGAGGACUGGAAAGUGAUCUCCAGUUUACUAAAUAACCGUACAGAUGUGCAGUGCCAGCACCGAUGGCAGAAGGUCCUCAAUCCAGAGCUCAUCAAAGGCCCCUGGACCAAAGAGGAGGACCAGAGGGUGAUCGAGCUGGUGCAGAAGUACGGCGCCAAGAGGUGGUCCGUGAUCGCCAAGCACCUGAAGGGACGCAUCGGCAAGCAGUGCCGCGAGCGCUGGCACAACCACCUGAACCCAGAGGUGAAGAAGACGUCCUGGACCGAGGAGGAGGACCGCAUCAUCUACCAGGCCCACGAGAGGCUGGGCAACCGCUGGGCCGAGAUCGCCAAGCUGCUUCCGGGCAGGACCGACAACGCCAUCAAGAACCACUGGAACUCCACCAUGAGGCGUAAGGUGGAGCAGGAGGGCUACCUCCAGACGGCCGCCAAGAACGGCGUCGGCUCGCUCUCCCUAGGGUCGGGCUAUGCCAAGGCCACCAAUCACCUGAUGAGCUUCACGCACCACUCGUCCAAUCACAGCACUCUCCAGCACAUGUCGUCUCCCAGCUACUCAUACAUCUCUGACGCACACAGGAUCUUCCCCAUGGCCCUGCAAUUAAAUAUCCGAAACAUUCCCCAGCAUGGAACUGCUGCUAUACAGAGACACUAUAGUGAGGAGGACCCUGAGAAGGAGAAACGGGUGAAGGAGAUUGAGCUCCUUCUCAUGGCUGCAGAGAACGAGCUAGAGAGAGGCCAGCCCUCAAUACCAAUCAACCUGACCUAUCCCAGCUGGGCCCACCAGAGCUCCAUGACGGACAGCUUAGAGGGCGGUACCUCAUCGUUACACCAUCAUCACCAGUCCUCCGCACCCGCGCUUCCCCUGGACCAGAGCUGCCUACCCGAGGAGAGCGCCUCCUCAACGCGCGCCCAUUGUGGCAGCAGCAGCAACAACAACAGCAGUAACAAUAACAACAACAACAACAACAGCCAGAACAACAGCCACAAUAGCAGCAGCAGCAGCAGGAAUGGCCACAACUGCAGCCCCGCCUUCUCGCACGUGCUUCCAGAGUUCAUGGAAUCGGUCAUCGAUUCUAGCCUCUCCUCAUUGGGUGAGGCCCCUACAGUUGGUUUCACGGAUAGGAGCAUUUCCAGAACAGACAGGGUCUUGGCCAAUCAGGGCACAGGAGCUACUCACGGACCAGUGUCAUUGGCUGGUUUCGUCUGCUCAACUCCCAAGCCUUCACCAGUCAGAAAUCUGCCCUUUUCGCCCUCACAGUUUCUCAACCAAUCGAUGAGCCCGGAACACUCGGACAGCGAGAGUCUACCAAUGAGCCCACCGGUAGACAUCAAGCCCUCCAUGGCCACGCCCCUACACCACCACCACACACUCAGGCUCCAGAAGGAGAAUGACCUGUUCAGGACUCCAAACAUCCGUCGUUCGAUUUUAGAAUCAAGUCCACGCACGCCAACGCCCUUCAGGUCAACCCUGACCAUGCAGGACGCUGGGAAGUAUGGACCCCUGAAACUACUGAACUCGCCCCUGGUUCUAGAGAUGGCAGAGUCCAUCAAACAGGAGCCUAUGGAGUGCACCAUCUCGGCGGGGGGGUCCAUAAAUGAGCAGCCCCCGAUGAAGAAGAUCAAACAAGAGGUGGAGUCACCGUGUGAGAGGAGUCCCUGCAUGCAGUGGGAGGGGCAGGACCUCCACACACAGCUCUUCUCCCCCACCGGCCCGCCCCAGGAAGUACCUGACAUGCUCACGAGAUCCUUACUAAGCGACGACGGGCACAAAACGUACCACCUUGCUCGUCGGCCCGUGGCCAGUCCGACACAGCAGCACAGCACGUGGGAUCAGGUGACCUGCGGGAAGAUGGAGGAGCAGAGCCUGGCCUCGGAGCACAGCCACAAAUACAUCAACCCGUACCCGGCCCGGACGCUGGUCGUGUGAACGCAACGAACGCACACAUCCACAGACUCACACAAACGCAAAAAGCACGACAUGUGCACCCCAUGGGCCAACAGAAGUUGUGCGUUUACCUGGAAACAGCGACAUUCCCCUGCAUUUGAUGCAGCGUAAUGUUUUUCUUUAAUUUGUUGUGGUACAGUUGGGAGCGGCGCGAUGCCAUUGGUGUUUUAACACUCACACUUGUUGGAUUUCAACCAACCAAAGACAAUAUUAACUUUUUUUCGUACACCCCUUUUUUUCAUUUUUGUACUGUUUUUAUUUUUAUUUGUGUCAAUCUAAGUUUAUUUUAUUGUAUUAUUAUCAAUGUUUUAUAAAUGGGAAAUUGUGGCUGUAUCAUUUACAUGUGGGCUGUAUUUUUAUGAAUACUAAAUUCUGUCAUUAAUAUAAAGAACAAGCUAAUUUAUUUAAUUUUUCUUUCCUUUCACAAUUCUUUUUUUUUGUUACAAUUGGCCAAGUGAGCAGUAUUUAUGCCCUUAUAGCAUUACUACAAGUCCAAAAACAUUAACGAAAUAACAUUUCUAAGUUGUAUUUAAAUCAUGAUACCAUAUUUCAAACCAGAACCCAACUAUUGUUUACAUCAUUCCUAAAUGUCCCCCGCUUGGGUAUUAUUCAAGGACUAUUCUCAUGGAUGUACCCCUGCAUCCUCCUGCUGAUCUCAAAGCCUGAACGUUAGCCCUCCAUGUCACGUUUACUGUCAAAAGACUGUUGUCUUUCAAUGACGAAAAAGAGGGGCCAGACAUUUUAAGUAUUAACAGAUUAACCAAAUGUUUUUAUAUAUCUUUUAUUUUUCAUUUCAAUUUUCUUGAGCUUUUCCGCUUUUUUUGUUUUGAUAGUCUCAAAGCCUCUACAGUAUAUACUACAUUGACAUUUCCAUUGAACAAAUAUUUUUUGUAUAAGAAUUCUUACCAAGUUACAUACAGAGCUACAUCAAGACAGUGGUGGAUGAAGCUGCACUUGAAUUUGGGGUUUUCUGGGAGUACUAAACACUGAUGCUAUGUUACACGGGAAGCCCCCUGAACCUAAGGUUUUGUACAACUGCUGUUUAUACAUACAUUUAUUAUAAUUUCCACAUUUUCUUUUUUUAAAUGAACUGUUUGUAAUGCAUUUUUUAAUCAGCAUGUCUUGUUUCCACUUAAAUGAUAGUAGGUCAUCUGAAAGAUUUAGCUGAAAAUUAAUAUUUUGAUAUAUAUUGAUAAUUAAUAUUUGAUGCAUUUUUCUACUUGUUCUCAAGCACAUUUUAUAAAAGCAUUUAUCUACACCAAGGUUUUUUAUACUUUUUACUGCCUAGAAAUAAAGUGUGCCUUUUAAUUACAA